UCCUAGUAGAAGAAGAAAUUACGGAAGUACGGCUUCUAAACAGUAUACCUUUUUGGGAGAAUAAAAGAUAGUAGAUCGUUUCUCGUGAUUGAAACGAGCUCAAUCUUGGACUCGCGAUUAUUUUUCUAAAGCAAUGGGCACCAGAGAUGACGAAUACGAUUAUUUGUUCAAAGUGGUCCUCAUUGGUGACUCAGGCGUUGGAAAGAGUAACUUGCUAUCACGUUUCACUCGCAAUGAGUUCAACCUGGAAAGUAAGAGCACCAUUGGAGUUGAAUUCGCCACGCGCAGCAUACAGGUUGAUGGCAAAACUGUGAAGGCCCAGAUCUGGGAUACGGCUGGCCAGGAGCGCUACCGGGCCAUCACUUCAGCGUACUACCGCGGUGCUGUGGGCGCUCUCCUGGUCUAUGACAUUGCCAAGCAUCUAACGUAUGAGAACGUGGAGCGCUGGCUAAAGGAGCUGAGAGAUCAUGCUGACAGCAACAUCGUUAUCAUGCUCGUGGGCAACAAGAGUGACCUACGUCAUCUCCGUGCUGUUCCAACUGAUGAGGCCCGGGCCUUUGCUGAGAAAAACGGUUUAUCUUUCCUGGAGACAUCAGCUCUGGAUUCCACCAAUGUUGAAACUGCUUUCCAGACCAUUCUCACAGAAAUCUACCGCAUCGUGUCCCAAAAGCAGAUGUCAGAGCGCCAGGAGAGUGACAUGUCACCCAGCAACAAUGUGGUCAACAUCCAAGUGCAGCCUACUGAGAACAAACCAAAGAUGCAGUGCUGCCAGAACAUCUAGCUGGGCACACCCUGGCAGCCCCAUACCCUUGCCUUCAGAGCCCCCAUCCCUUCAGUUGGUCCCUUCCCUGUCAGGGCUGUGACCUGGACACCAGUGUUCCUUGCUCCCCGACUCUCCCCAUUUAAUGUCUCUGUCCAAAACGUCACCACUCGACAGAGCCGCUCUGUCUUUUGGCUUGUAAGGACGGAAGACAGCAGGCCUUUCAUAUCACUUUAGAUUUCAUUCCAGUUGCGCUGACAUGUCACAAAAAAUGUCUUAAUAUUUGAAUGUCACCCCACCCCCUCUUCUUUCUUUAUACUUAAUGCCACUAUUGAUUCUUUCACAUUUUUUAUCUUUAUUUUAUCAAAUAUGAACUACUAGUAUACAAAGCACAUGAAAGUUGCUCUAAAGUUAGACCUAUAAAUGAGCUCCUGUCAUUGUAGACUCUCCUCUUUGCUACUUAAUGUUGAGGAAACCACAUACAGGAGUGUUUCAUCCCAUUGCUGUGAACGUGAGGCCCACAUGCAGGAGUGUUUCAUCCCAUUGCUGUGAACGUGAGGCGAGUGAAAUGUAAAGCCACGGAGAAGAUGGAGACGUCUCGCCAUGUGCUGUUACCACCUCGUUUACCAAAGGAGGCAGGUUGCAUGCUUUACAGAAAUUGCCAUAUGUCAUGCUGCAUGUUGUUUAAUAGGCAAGAGACUGUCCGGGCUUUGCUGUUUAACAUGGCCGUUGUCUCCAAAGCGUUCAUUUGUGGGUUUUGGUCGCAAACGCAGUCAUGGAUUUCAGUUCCAAAAUUAGGAGUGAGGCUCACAUCACUUUUGCCAACUAUGCAGCAACUAGAACGCGGCUAGUCAGAUUGUACGCCCGUUGAAAGCAUUGGGGGGUGGGGGGGUCACGCUGAUGUAGGCUUUCUAUAUCUUACUGAGUUUCUGUUAAAACAUGCUUGCAUGUGACCACAAACUAAGACACAGUUUAACUUGUGUUUGAACCCAAGCACUGAACCUUGCUAGCUUUCAUAGACUUGCUAUUUAGUUAGCAAACAUUUUCUGUCAGAAAACCACAGCUGAGUCUCAAAGGCUACUUUAAUUUCCUAGUCAUAAUUAGCUUAGGCAAACAGUUGUAGAUACAUUAAGUUAAAGAUGUUUGGAGGAAUGGAUGUAAGGCUUCAUUCACAUUAUGAGCCUUUUUUGUUUGUUUGUUUGUUUUCUGGUCAGAGUGCCUCUGCCACCGUUCACCUUUCCAUCUCAAGUGGUCUGUUUCUUCAAUGUAUGUAUUCUCUGUCACAUAAAGCCUAUUUUACACACCAAGCUGCCUCUGAAUUGAAGAUAAUGCAUGGCUUUUGGUGAGACUCCUCCAACGUUUGCGCCUUUGCCAACGGCCAUCAAAUCUGCCCAGGGCUUAGCUCGGUAUGCGAGUAUGGUGAACCAAUGGAACUACCUGAACUUAGUGUGUUGAGGUAGGGGGCGUUUGGGUAGUUGUGGAGUGUGGGAGCCUGGCUGGUAGCACCAAUGGCGUUUACUCAAACAGACGGCGCCGCCAACUAAGCUUCACCACGCUCGCAAGCUGGCAGUCUGAUGAAGAGUAGAGGUAAUUCCUUUCAUUUACAAUUUUUUUCCUGAGCAUAUUCCACUUUUUUUGUGUGUGUGUGUUUCGAUUGAAUCAUUUUGUCUUGUUUUAAUGUUUUCAUUUCGUAAACCGAGUGUAAUUCCGAUGUGUAAAAUGUCAUUUCAAUUAUGAAGGGUUAAAUGUGAAAGGAGCUCAAAAUGGGUUUUAUGUUUUGUACAGAAUGAUGAAAUUGUACUAUUGUGUCUAUAUCUUAAGUUAUCAGUUCAUCUAAAUAAAGUGCACCAGUCAUAAACCUGUUA